AUGGCGGAGWGCAAAACGAAGCAUGGCGGCCUUUAUUGCGUAGCUGGCGGAUCAAAUAAAAUAAGCUGCAAAAAUACGAGCUACACAAAGGGAAUUUCUAUGCAUGUUUUCCCAAAAGACCCUAAACGUAGAAAACAGUGGACGUCAUUCGUGAGAAUCCACAGACCAGAGUUUAACCCAACGAAAUAUUSGGCACUUUGUUCAACCCACUUCGAACCAUCUUGCUUCAACCAAAGGUUUACCUUWCAAGAGCUUGGGGAGGAGGUAUCAGGAAACUCAAAGAACAUCAAAAGAACUCUUUCUAGAGAGGCAGUACCUACUCUUCAAUUGCAAAACGAAGAACAGAAAACGAAAAAGGAAUACACUUCCACGCCUCGCGAAAAACGAUACAUCUUACGUGAAGCUGUCGGUAGUCUUACUCUGAACUCGCAAAUCGAAAACCUGCAUGCAUCUGAAGGAGAAAUUGAGGACGUGCAUGAAAAAGACUAUGAAUUACAAGAGAACAAGCUUGGGAACUCCUACUCUACGCCAUCUGCUGUUCCUCGUAACCARGAGCCAGUUUGUUUUAAUUGUGAAAAACUUAAAAAGAAGAUCGCCAAUUGCCAAAAGCGAUGCAGCAAACUUCGAAAAGAAGUUAUAUCUUUGAGAGAACUGGACAAUGGAGAUAGCUCUAGCUCCCAUUCUAGCUCAGAAUGUCUGUCUUCACCUGAUGAUGAUGAUGAUGAUUGUCAAGAUAAUAAAAGUAUGAAAACCUCAAGUAAUGAUUCCAGCAUUAGUUCUACAGAGGAUGGCAGUGACUUCUCUCUCAGCGAAAAUUACAGUGACAGUUUGCAAUCAGGCGAGGAGACUGAUUACAAAGAAGAUCCCGAAUUUGAUGAUGACAUUGGAUCAAAAAAUGAAGUUAGAUUUAAUCCUGAAGAGCCAUUAUCAAGAGAGCCCAAAUUUAUUGUCUUUUAUUCUCAGCUGCUGAUACUAUUUUCUUUGGUUUGCUUUAACUGCAAGUCUGAAAACCCUCAGGUAUGAUGAUAUCUAAC